AUGGAGCGAUCUGCUUCGGGUAAAGAUGUUGCAUCGAGGGACUUUACUGAGUCUUCCUCCUCCGGUGUGUCUCGAUUUUGCUUCCCUUUUGUUGUUGCUUCACUCGUUUUCGUUGGAUUGGUGUUCGAAUUUGUUGGUGGGAAGUUUGAUGCAUCACAGUACGAGUUUUUUGGUCAACAUGCUGGGGAUGGAGUGGAGUUGGGUGGUCUGGAAGAUCAAAAUCCUGUCUUUGGAUCUGUCGGUGACGAAUACCGCUUGUUUGAUAGAGAUGAAGGGGCAAGCUUAGGAUCCUUAUCUGAUAUGGAUGAUUUGGCAAGUACCUUUGCGAAGUUGAAUCGAGUAGUUACUGGUCCAAGGAACCCAGGAGUGAUUGGUGAUCGGGGAUCAGGAUCAUUCUCCCGAGAAAGUUCAUCGAUCGCUGAAUGGGCACAAGACAGUGAAUCUUCUUCCUGGUUUGAUCAACAUGGAUAUGAUUCAGAAAGUUUUCAUGACAGCAGGAUGUCUUCUUUAUCCCUCACUCAACCUUUAUCUGCUAGGCUAUCAGAAUCAAAACCUUUGUACAGAACUUCCUCUUAUCCCCAGCAGCAACAUGGAGAAUUCAGCAACAACUGGCUAGAUCAGCAGAUAUUUGAUACAGAAACCGUUCAGGAAAACAAGAGAUGGUCAUCACAGCCAUCUAUUCAUUUCGCAGAAUCAAAACCCUUACACAGAACUUCUUCCUAUCCUCUACAGCAACACCAGCAGCAUUUCCCAAGUGAACCGGCUCCUUUUCCAAAAUCAAAUUUCACUUCUUUUCCGCCACCCGGUGGCAGAAUUGAUCAGCCACUACAACAGUACCAUAGUGUUCCUUCUCCUUCAGGGGGGUUGCAGUUGCCAUAUUCUGCUCCAAACAUGUCUCCACUAUCCAACCCCAACUUCCAUUUGGCUGGUUUACAUCCCGGGGCACACUUUGCUGGAAAUAUGUCCCAGCAGAUCACAUCUCCUGGCCUUUCUUUUAGUAACAGGCCUCAGAAGCAGUGGCUCAACCAUGGUGGCUUGCUAAACCAUGUCGACCAUUCUAGUCUUUUGCAGAGCGUCUUGCAACAACAGCUGUCUCAGCAUCAGAAUGGGCUCAUGGCUCCACAGUUGUUGUCACCCCAAAGCAGGUUGCACUCUACGGUUCAACCAUCCAUGGCUCAUUUUGCUGCACUGCAGUCUCAACUCUAUGCUUCGCAUCCAUCAGCUCAUAAAUUAAUGCUCGGUUUGGGGGAUGGUAGGGAGCACAAGCAUAAGUCACAUAGAGGGCGUCAUAAUUCUCGGUCUUCAAAUCAGGGUUCGGAUGCUGGUGGUAGUCAGAGAAGUGACAGUGGUCCAUCGAUUCAGUUCAGAUCAAAAUACAUGACAUCUGAAGAGAUUGAGAGCAUUCUGAAAAUGCAGCAUGCAGCUACUCAUGGCAACGACGCUUAUGUAGAUGAUUACUACCAUCAAGCUCGCCUCUCCAAGAAAUCUACCACAGGAGGGUCAAAGUCGAAGCAUCACUUCUGCCCAUCUCACCUGAAAGAGGUUCCUUCUCGAUCACGUAACAAUAGCAGCUCUGAACAGCAGCAGUCGUAUCAUGUGGAUGCAAUGGGGAAGAUUCCCAUACCAACUGUACGUAGGCCCCGCCCUCUCCUCGAAGCAGGCCCUGUUUCUACAGAUGGCAGUGAACAGAUAUCCGACACGCCUCUCGAGAAGGAACCAAUGCUUGCAGCUAGAGUCACAGUUGAAGAUGGGUUGGCCCUGCUUAUCGAUGUUGAUGAUAUUGAUCGGUACCUUCUGUUUAAUCAGCCGGCUGAUGGUGGUGUUCAGCUGAGGCGGCGGCGGCAGAUUCUCCUCGAGAGUUUGGCAACAGCUCUUCAACUCGUAGAUCCUCUCGGUCAGAACCCUGGUAAUAAUACUUCAGCUGGCCCUGCAUCAAAGGAUGAUCUUGUGUUCUUGCGUUUAGUAGCUUUGCCCAAGGGUAGAAAACUCAUCACAAAGUUCCUUCAGCUUCUAAUCCCUGGUAGCAACCUCGUCCGAAUUGUGUGCAUGGCGGUUUUCCGACACCUCAGAUUUUUGUUUGGUUCUGUGCCCUCCGACCCGGCAGCAGCCAAGACAAGCUUGAACCUGACAAAGACAGUGUGUGCGUGCAUCAGUAGCAUGGAUCUUCAUGCACUAAGUUCUUGCCUUGUUGCAGUUGUUUGCUCAUCAGAACAGCCACCAUUUCGGCCUCUUGGCAGUCCGGCUGGUGAUGGAGCCUCGGUUGUUUUGAAAUCUAUCCUCGAGAGGGCAACUAAACUGUUAAUUGAUUCUCAGGCGGUGGCUGCCAGCUGUCAUCCGGUGGUGCCCAACUUUGCUCUCUGGCAGGCGUCCUUUGAUGAGUUCUUUGAUCUGCUGACUAAGUAUUGUUUGGCGAAGUAUGAGACUAUUCUGCAGUCAGUCUAUGCUAAAACACCAACUGGUACAGAGGAUAUUGAUGAAGAUGUACGUGGAGCGACUAAGAGGGAAAUGCCGGUUGAGCUUCUGCGUGCUUGCCUCCCCCAUACUAAUGAACACCAGAUGGAUCUAUUGAGACAUUUUGGACAGCAGCGGAAUUCUAUGACUGAACUGAGUACACAUACGGGUUCUAGCGGAAUCAUAAGUUCCGAAUCAGUCAGAAGUUAAAACUAGAUCAGUUACUUGUGAGAAUGUUCCUGUCAGGGGUAUUAUGGGCUGACAGGGAGAGUGGGGGGAAGAGCAGCUGCUACAGGAGUUCUGUUCUUGAUUAACGGUUCUAAUGUUUGACUUUGUGGAAACUGUGUUUUGACAUUGAUUGACCUUUAUUGUCAUCAAUCGUUCAAUGUGUAAAUGCUGCGAUCAUUUGUGAAAUGGUGAUUAUCAGGGAGAUAGGAGUGAGGACACCACAAGGGGUGAAACUGUACAGGGGUGGUGGAACUGGAAAUAGAUCAGUAGAAAGUUUCUGUCUUCAUAACGGAAUUAUGGGCUUCAUAUGACAGGCGGUUUUGGGGAUCCGAAGGAAGUUAUUUCUCUCUUUUGAACUUUUGGAUGCUUUGGUUCUCAGGCACGACUGUAAUAUGCUUACUGGGGCUUGGCUAUGACUCGGUACUUCUGAGUCUUGUCUUUGUAAUAAUUUAAACGAGAAGCUGUGGAAGGUGGUCAUGGAAGAUGGAAAUUUUUAGAACAGAUUUAGUAACCAUAGUUUUUAGUUUUUACUACUGUAGUCGUUUCCCCUCUAUCUCCCUCUUCUUUCAUGUUUCAUCUGUGGUUCCCUUUUGUUUCUCUUUCAUAUUUUCCUUUUUGGGUUCAUGUUAUUGGCAGGAUCAAGACAUCUCUGAGUGUAUGAAGAAUAUGGGUACACUUGUGGUGGUGGGUGCACUUUCCCCUUGUCCACUUAUGUAUUCAAGGAAAGGGGCAAGAAAGAUGCUUUAGUUAUUUUCCUUUUUCCAUCUGUUAGUGGGAGUUCAGGUAGUAGUUGAAACUUGAAAGAGCCUCAGAAGGCGAUGUGAAUCAAAUGCUCUCAAUGAUUGAGGGCCAGUGGUCUGAGUGCAUGGAUUCUGUUUUUGUCGAAUCCUUUGCAGGUUAGGAGUAUGUGGCUUGCCUUAGGUUGGUGUCGUCCUGUAUUAUGUCGAAAACAGCCAGCUGAGCCGCGCAAUGGUAACUUUUUCUCUACGGGUUGUAGUUUUGUCAAGAAGAAACGGUUGGCUUGUGUGUUCUUUUGUCGAUACUACAUAAAGUAGUUAGCUUUGCAAAUUGUUCAGGCAGGAUCAUGUCGCUGUUCGAUCCGCAGUGUACUGCUUUUUUUUUAGUGAAAAGUUUGUACUGGUUCACAUUGGUCGUUGGGUGAUUCUCGAAUGGUAUUUUGAUUUUCUUUUCGCAAGGAAUGGUUGUUAAUAAGAUUCCUGUAUUUUUUUUUUCUCUCUC